CAUUGGAUCUCCAAGAAGUUUAUUCAAGCACAAAGCUUCUAAUAAACAUUCGAAAAGCUCCUUGUCCCUGUCGAGAAGCGCCAGCAGAAUUCAGACAGCGGCCGCACCCUCCCUGUCGAAAAGCAUGAGCGGUAGGAGCAGCGUCGAUGGGGUCUUGCUGUCGAGAAGUGCCAGCAGAAGUCAGACAGCAGCCGCACCCUCGCUCUCGAAAAUUAUAAGCCGUAGGAAUAGCGUGGAUGGUGCAUCGGCCGCGGCCUCACUUUCGAGAAUGGCAAGUGGCAAGAAGUGCUCAACACCCAUCAUGUAUUCCAACUCCAGUGGCCUGAUAAAACCCCCCUCAAUCGAGCAACAACUUGAAUGCUCACUCGAGGAGUUGUGUUUCGGAAGCAUCAAGAAGAUCAAGAUCAUAAGAGAUGCUAUCACAGAUGAUGGGCAAAUAAUAGAAGAAGAUGAAGUGCUAACAGUGAAAGUGAAGCCAGGAUGGACAAAAGGAACACGAAUAACAUUCGAGGGCAUGGGGAACGAGACACCGGGCACUUACCCUGCAGACGUAACCUUUAUCGUUGCAGAGAAACGACAUCCCUUGUUCAUCAGAGAAGGAGAUGAUUUACAGUUAACAGUAGAGAUUCCAUUGGUUAAAGCUCUAACAGGUUGCAAUAUUUCAGUCCCUUUAUUAGGAGGACAAGAAAAGAACUUGACAAUUGAUGAGAUAAUUCAUCCUGGUUAUGAAAAGAUUUUACAAGGACAAGGCAUGGCAAUGCCGAAAGAAUCAGGCAAGAGAGGGAAUUUACUCAUUAAAUUUUUAGUUAAGUUUCCUGAACUCACAAAUCAACAGAGAUUUGAUGUUGUUAAUAUUUUGACGAUGGAUAAUUGCUGAUUGAUGAUUUUUCUCUCC